CUUACAAAAUAAAAGAAGCAAAACCGGUUAAGUAUGUACGCACUCACGAGUGGACGAUAUGUCUAUAAAUACAAGCAAAGCCUAAGCUUCACUGACACAACUGUCUUCUCUCUUACAUAUUCACCAUAUAAAACUCGUUGGAAUAAACUAUUCUUAAUUAUGGGUUUAACUUCCCGUAAGGCGUGUGUGUUUAUCUUUGUACUCGCUCUUGUUGCCGAAUUUGCGUUCGGACAUGUUGAGGUUAACGAAGACAAACACUUUUUCCACAAACCUCGCCCAUUCCUACACAAACCUCGUCCAUUCUUCCACAAACAUGGCAUUUACAAGAAGGGUUAUGGUAAAGGUUUGGGCGGCGGAGGCGGUCUAGGGGGCGGAGGCGGUCUAGGAGGUGGAGGCGGUCUAGGGGGCGGAGGUGGUCUAGGAGGCGGAGGCGGUCUAGGGGGCGGAGGCGGUGGUGGUUUGGGUGGAGGAGGCGGUCUAGGCGGUGGAGGCGGUCUAGGCGGAGGUGGCGGUGGUGGUUUGGGAGGAGGAGGAGGAUAUGGCGGUGGUGCUGGAGGAGGAUACGGUGGUGGUGCUGGAGGAGGACUUGGAGGCGGUGGUGGUGCUGGAGGAGGAGGAGGAUUUGGUGGUGGUGGCGGAGGAGGAUUCGGCGGUGGAGCCGGUGGUGGAUUUGGUAAAGGCAUUGGCGGUGGGGGAGGACUUGGAGGAGGUUAUGGUGGUGGUGGCCAUCACUGAUGAGGCUCAUGCUCAUGCUCAUGCAUUCGUACGUUGUUAUAUUAUUUAAUUAAAUGAAGAAUGAUAAUUAAUUAUUACAAAAUAAAAUGAUACAUUAGCAAUUGUGUAUGUCGUUCUUUUUAUUUUGAGUCUCAUUGUAUGCUGAUUCCGUAUGUUCUCCUUUGGUUGGUUAAUAAAAUGGUUAAAGCCAGAUUACAAGGAUA